AUGGCACCGAAAGAAAAGGUUACCGCCGACCAGAAGACGUUCCUUACGGCUCAUGUCAACGACUUCCGUGAAUGGCCCGAGGAAGAAGAUAUGUUGAUUACUGAGCCUGGGGCGCGUGAGGAGGAGUUGAAGAAGCGAAUAGACUAUAAGCAGCAGUACCUCAAAAACUGGUUCCGGAACCGCGGCCUACCGAAAGUCCGGUCACAUGUUGUGAAGGAACUAAACCCACCGAAGGCCAAGCGCAGCCCGCAGCUCCUUGAGCUCUACUCAGACGAAUACUACGAUACCAAGAUUGCUCCACUCGUCAACCCCAUUAUCGAGGGGAAAACACUCUCACCUGGGGCGCUGUUGAAGAUCCGCCGCGAGCAAAGGGACAUAGCUUGGGCCGGGGAGGAUGUCAACAUCAAACAAGCUCUAAUGAUGAAGCACCGCCAACUUCAGCAGGAGGCUCAGCUAGCGAGGGCAGCGAAAAAGGAAGAAGAGAAGAAGAAAGCUGUAACUGUAACGUCUUCAGAUAACUAUGCAAUCGGCAUUAAAAACAUUGCAGCCCACUUCACAGCCUUCUCACAGAAAGCAGGGGUAGAAAGCGGCUGGAGCUUUGUCCUCAUUGCUGGAGGGCCGGAUCCUAUGAACGGGGGAAAGAUUAAUACAAUGGGCUACCAUUAUGGCGAUAACAUCUUCCGCCAGAACUUCUUCGACUAUGAUCCCGAAUACAAGGAGAGCUUCGUGCCAGCAUUCACGAGUUUCCUCCACACGUGCUACACCCCAGAACAAUGUGCAUCUCGGGCUCUCCCUGGGUCAGUGAUGUCGUCCCCCCUUCUCUUAUCCAAAGAUAAGGCCACACCUUCCGGAGAAGCUUCCACGCCUGUCUCAAUGCCGUCUCCCCUUCCUCAGGAGCUUGCACCUGGGCCAGCAUCUGCGGCCAUACUCCGCCAAGCCCCCACUUCGCCACCACAUGAGCCAGUCGCAAUUCAUCAACCGGCACCAAUUCCUAUACCCGCUGCUAUCGUUACACCCGUACAGACUCAACAACAGCAUGGCAUCAACCUCCCAAUUCACCCGCAGCAUCAGCCGUCUUUGGACGUCCAGCAGCAACUCCUAGAACUCCCUCCGGACCUUGAGUUCUCAUGGGAGGACUUCAACCACAGCCUGACCUUCCCUUUUGUCUCAACUACUAAUCCUGGGCCAGCGACUUACGCACCUCCAUUGUAUGGCCCAGGAACGUUCACAUCCCUACUGGAAGGGAUGUACACCUUUGCAGAUGGUACCCUGGCUCCAGUGGGUGCGUCUCCGCUGCCUAGCGUCUCAGCAGGGCCCCCUGUUCCACAAUCAAUCAGUGGCACCGACGAUUACAUGCCCACCAAUCCCAGCCCUUUGCAAAGCGCCAAUGAAGCUGCCCUCACCACGUCUCUUGCCGCGGCUCUCCCAGUUCCGUGUGCGAUUGCUAUCGAUACCAUUGCUGCUGAUGUCCCUGCCAAAGCCACUGUCCCUAUUGUUCCUGCCGGCGAUUCCAGUCCCACCGCUACCAAUACCGAUGGUCCCACCGACGAACUCACUGAUGAUUCCAGUCCCAUUGAUACCAAUACUGACGGUCCCAACGACGAUUCUGGUACUGACAAUCCCACGGACAAUUCCAGUCUCAACGUGACCGAAAGCGCCACCGACAAUGCCACUGACAACCCUGCCACGGAAUCAUUGGCCGGCAAGAGGGCAAGGCCUGGAGAGGAUACUACGGCCACCAGCAAGCCUCGUAAGAAAGCCAGGUCUGACGGCACUGAUCCCAAGCUCAUCGUGACCACGAAACGGAAUCGGGUGGCGCAGUCGCGCAAGGAGAUCGAGCCACUGACCCACCCCAAGGGCAAGAACAAGGGGGGGCGUGGCAAGGAGAACAGGGCCUCUAGUUGA